CUACCCAUCAACAAAGUACCAAAAUACAUGUUACUUUUCUUUUGUCCUUGAGUUGAUUGAUACAUAGGUUUUGAUUAGAUAAUGACUGCUAUUGGAUACCAGCAAUGACUAAUUCUAUGUGGGAAUUGUGACAGGACAUGUUUGUAGCUGGAACAGACACAUCCUCCGCAACGCUGGAAUGGACGAUGAGCGAGCUAGCAAGGCAUCCGACAAUCCUUGCCAAAGCUACACAAGAGAUCAGAAGAGUUGUAGGGAAGCAGAGCCGAGUCGACGAAAGUCAUCUGCAGCACAUGACCUACACGAAAUCCGUGAUCAAAGAGGCGAUGCGACUGCACCCUCCCGUCCCUCUUCUCGUCCCUCGAGAGUCCAUGGAGGACUGUGUUAUGGAUGGGUACAUGAUACCGGCCAGGACGCGAGUUCUCAUCAAUAGCUACGCAAUCAGCAGGGAUCCGACGCUGUGGAAGAACCCGCUCGAGUACAACCCCGAAAGGUUUUUGGAGAGUGGGAUCGAUUUCCAUGACCAGGAGUUUAGGUUCUUGCCAUUUGGUGGAGGGAGAAGAGGGUGCCCGGGGUUCCAUUUCGGGCUGGCUACCGUCGAGAUUGCGCUGGCAAGGCUACUGUACCACUUCGAUUGGGCGCUCUCUGAUGGCGUCGGGGGUGAGGACGUUGAUCUAGGGGAGAUUUUCGGGCUUGCUACAAGGAAGAAGACUAAGCUCAUUCUCGUGCCGACGUCUAGGGAGGGAUACGAGUUCAAGGGGAAAGGUAAUACUUAGGUUACGUAUCCCGAAAGGGUGUCAUUUUCGAGAACAGAAUAUAAGUCAUGUUAUGCUAGGUAAAUGCUCGAUUGCGAAUCAAUCGUUCGAAUUUGGUAUUGGACUAUCAUGUUAAAAACUAAGGUUCUUGCAGAGAUUCUGAAAGAUCAGUAAAACCAUGUUUCAAUUCCAUUCCAUGCUAUGUGUGCAUAAAAAGACUAGAUUGGAAUGUGUAACAGGUUGACAAGUUAUAGACACGCAAUGGCCAAAAUCAUACAGCAAGACUUGAUGUGUUAUCGAAUAACCUCACCAUGGCACCAUAGAUCUCCUGCUUAAAAGCCUCUUCCCAAUCUCGAGGAAGCAAUGAACUAGUGAUCAGAAA